AUGAAGAUAGUGCACUUUACUUUCCGUCGUUUCUUUAGUUGUUUCUCCUUUUUUAUUACUUUUAUAAAGAAAAUUUUAUUUAGAGGUCGUCAGAGAAAGUCUAGCCAGGGCGAUAAGGAUAGCAUACCAACUUCAGUGACUGUGAGCCGAGACCAGGUGAGCUUUAUUUUGUCUUGUUUGUAUGAUCUUGUAAGCUUUGUGUUAAUCUUGUACAGCUGAAUGCAGAUGGAGUUAAAUGGUCUGGCUUCGUUAAUGGAUAUUGCUAUUGACACAAUUCAAAUCAUCAAUAUAACCAAAGACAUUCAGCAUUGUAGGGGAUUCGAUUUCGUGACGUCGACGAUGAAGAUUCUCGUGCAAGUCUUCCUUGAAUUGAUCGAAUUAAGCAAAAAUUUAAUUGAGCCACGUAUUUUGGAAUAAUUUGUGAAGAUAUAUAUAGAUACUUAUGCUUAUUUUUCAUGGAAAAGUCCCAGACGAACGAACAAAAUUACAUCAAUCGUCGUCUGAUGUUUCAUGGUGUUAGUAAAUAAAUAUCAGAAAUUACUAUUCAACCAUUUUACUCCCCAGGUGUGACCAAAACUAAAUUUCUCCUCACGACAUCAAUAUAAUUUUAAGCAAGAAGGUGAUGAGAAGAAAGGAAAAUAUCAACCACGGCAUAUCUUCUGAUAGAACACCAAAUUUUAAGGGCUGAAAUAAUGAAAAAUCUUGCAUAAGCAGUGCUGAGAAUUGGUACUUUGUUCUUGGAAGCCAAAGUUAAUGUCUGAAUGGUUUUAGUUUAUAUGAAUAAUCUUAGAUACUGUAUUUCCUGGAAUAAAUGCCCAGAUUCAUAUUUAAGAUUUUUGACUGAAAGAGGGGAGGGGGGGGGUGCUUAUCGGAAGGAGGCUGCUUAAAUGAGGGAGGCAUUCAUUGUGCCAUUGUACUAAUUCUGCUGCUGUAGUUGAAGCCUAAAAUGUUACAGAUAGAAUCAGGAUUUCCUUUUAUCCCUUUUAUUUCUUCUGUGCUGAUUCUACUGCUGUAGUUGAAGCUUAAAAGUUAGAACUAGAAACAGAUUUUCCUUUUAUCUGUAUUAUAUAAGAAAGUGAGGCAGGAAGAGAGCGCUUGUUUGACAUUAUGGCUCAGGGGAUGUGCACUUAUUCUGGAGAGGGUGCUUAUUAUAGCAUGAGGCACUUACUUGAGGACUGGCAGUAUGUUUGUUGUUGAAAUUUGUACCCACCAAUCAAUUGUACCUCAACAAAUUAGCUGAGGUGGAGAGCAUUCCAUACAUCAAGUUGCUUUUAGCAUGGAAUUUGCUGAUAAAUUUGAUUAUUAUUGUUUAAUAUGUAUUACAAUUAACAGCAGUUAGAAGGUGAAGAGCAAUGGGAGGAAUGGGAACAAAUGGAGGAGUUCAGUGUGAAAGUUGAACCAGCUUCUGAUCCACAGCAGGAUCCAGCAGAGGAAGAUCUCUUCCGUGACAUGACACCUGUCUUUCAAAAACCAAAGAAGGUAAGGAAAGAAUACAUAAUAAAAUUAUCUUGUGGCACCUUGCAGAAUUGCUCUAAAAAAGUCGCCCUUUUUUCCUUUGCUUACAGAUUGUUCUCAAGAAGAAUAAAGGUUACCCUGAUGGUGGUUAUAAUACACGCCCAGAGACCACACCAAGUCGUUUUAACUUUGAUAUGAGUUAUAGCCCUGUAGAGGUAAGCUAUACAAGUGAGACAUUCACAGUGAUGCACAGAACACUAAAUAACCCAAUCUUUACUUGCUUUAUCUAUAGAUGGCCUAUUAUACAAUGUGACAUUCAGCCGUCUUAGCACAAAAUCAUGAACAGUAAACUGUCAAUGAUACAUUCAUUAAAACCUCUCCCAAUUUUGUGACAAAGUUGUGAUGUCAAUUAUUUUCAGCCUGAGCUUGGUACUUGGAAUGAUGAGUCUACUUCAGUAUGGGAUGAAGAAGCUGUUUCUGAGAAAGACAUUGAGUGGGAAACAGAGAAAUUAGUGAAAGAAAGAAAACAGGCAGAAAGAGAACGACGUGCUCUGGAACAACAAAGAAGAAGAGAAGAGAGGGAAGCACUGAAGCACAUGGACAAAAAAACACAAGGACAUCUUGGAGUCAGACUCUCUACAUAACAUAGUAACAAAAGGAUUGUAACAAAUGGAUGCAGGAUUCUUGUGUCUGGGCCUUAUAACUUAAUGUAAGAAGUUACUCUUUUACUUCCAGUGAGUUAACAGUAUUAAAUUUCUCCUUACAAUUUAAAUAUACUAUCAAGCUUAACGGUUGUGAGAAUUUAGAAAAUAAGGAAGGAGAUGGGUCUGAUGUUACAUUAAGUUAUCGGUGAUGGCCACCAAAAUAAGUUUGUGGCUUCCAUUGAGAAAGAUAGUUUUGAGAUCUUAAGAGUGCAAAGGACAACAUAGCUUCACACCUUUGAGUUGGUCUCUACUGAUAACAUGCAAAGAGUUUCAAAGGAGUAUUUUAAUGGAGAAGAGGGUGGGGUUUAUGACCUUGAUUAGAUUGCUGGAAAUGUAGAUUGUGGAUGGAAUUCUUGGCUUGUUUACUGCAGUCAAAUUGGUCAGUGACCCUGCUAAAUGGUAGUUACAAAGAAAGGAGUGUUGUUUGAUAAUUUUGUCCAUUUUUUUGGGCUUGAAGUGUGCAACAGUAGGAAGAAGGUGAACAUUGGUGCAUAUGUAACUUGAUAAAGAAGAGGGAAGGGCUAGUUAGCAAAAUUAUGAAAACAGGUUUUGAAAAUAAACAUUUGAUGAAUGACUUGUUCAGUUUGCAUGAUACAUGAAAUAGUCAUCACAUCAUCAUCACUGAUGAUUAUUACUCCUUAACCCCCAAGAGUCACUAGCAUCUAAUUUCUCCUUACAAUAGCACCCUUGAAUUAAAAAUUAAGGUCAUGAGAAUAAAGGAAAUGAUUUAUAACUCUAGAAACUCUUGAUUGUUAGACAAAUUCUCUUCGAAAGUACCAUAGGAAAUGUAUAGAGAACAGUACAAUGAACUUGCAUACUAAUGUAAAGGUGUUAAGGGUUAACCUAGUUGAUUACAUUUGCGUACAAAAAUGUCAGCCCUAUUGCCACUUUUAAUUUGCUGCUUAUGCUAGUUAGCAAAUUUAAUUACAUGUCUCCCCAUGUAUGAAUGAGAAAAUAUACACUUUUUAACUAUCAAAAAUGAAGCAGCAUACAAUAAGAUUACAUUAAAUUAAAACUGCUACGAAACCUGGCAC